GAUUUAAGUUUUGUAACAGAAUAUUUAUUUUGAAACCAUGACUGAAGCAGCUGAAGCACGAACAUCGACCACUACAACCAUGGUCCUCGAUCACAAGAACGGAGACGCUGGGGCACCACCUAUGCGGGUGUUGAAGAAAUCUUUUACAGAUGACUUUUACUCUACUUUCAGCUCCCCGCUGGCCUGGAUCUUGGUUCUGGCUCUUAUCAUUACUUGGUCUUGUGUGUUCGUCAUUAUGUUUGAUCUAAUGGACUACAAGACCAUUUCAGGAGGCCUCAGCAAGAUCAGCUCAGACCCCAUGAAGGCGGUAAACGAUGCCGUGGACGAAUCAUCAAACAUAAUCACAGGAAUAGUGAAAUUUGCUGCCAACUUAAUUGCUCCAGACGAUGAUGAAGUCAUAGGAAUGCAAGCACAAAAGCAACCACCAAUGGCUGAAGUUCUGGAGGAUGAAGAGGGGGAGGGAGAGGCAGAGGAAGAAGAAGGAGAUGAAGGAGAGGAGGCUGGGGAGGACGAAGAGGAGGAGGAAGAAGAGGAAUAUGAGGAAGAGGAGGAGGAGUAUGGAGAUGAAUAUGAGGAAGAGGAGGAGUAUGAUGAGGAGUAUGGAGAUGAAUAUGAUGAAGAGGAGGACUAUGAGGAGGAAGAAGAAGUAGAUGAGGAGGAGGAGGAAGAGGGGGAGGAGGAGGAGGGGGAGGAGGAGGGGCUGGAGGAAGAGGCCGAAGGAGAUGAAGAGCAGGGAGGCGAAGAACUGGAGGAUGAGGAAGAGGAAGAGGAUGAUGAAGUUUCUCCUGAACCCAUUUCCACUUCUGAGGAUGAAGAGUCGGCUGUAUCUCCUGAUUCUGAGUCUGAUGUUCCUGUUGGGGUCACAGACAGUGACAAAGAGGUAACUUUACCCGAUGAAGAUGCUGAAAAAGACGAAGAAGAACAGGAUGAAGAUGAAACCAGUGACGAUGAACUUCUUUCCAGUGAAGACGAAGAGGGGGAGGAAGAGCUGGAGGAUGAUGAAGAAGAUGAUGAAGAUGAUAGACUAGCUGAGGGUGUUACUGAUAGCGAUGAUGUCAUUGCAGAAGACACUAGCGAUGACUUGGAUCUUUCUCCUAUUGUAGCUGGUAGUGAGGAUGAGGAAGAUAUUGAUCAGAAACUGGCAGAGGAAGAAGAUCUUUCUCCUCUUCCUGCUGAAGAUGAAGACUUGGAAGAAGACAUAAAAGCUGUAGAAGACACAGACGAGGAGGAAGAUGAUGAGGAGCUGGACCAAUCAGACGAGGACAUCUCUGUUGCAUCCUCCGAACACUUUGCAGAUGAUGAAGAUGAUGAAGAAGACCUUAAAGAUGAUGACCUUGACCUGGACUUUGACAAAGAUAUCCUUGAAGACCUUAAACACAAAGAUGCUCAAGACAAACCUGAUGUCACUAAAGAGGCCAUCCCUGAUGAUGACAAAGAGGAAGAGGAGGAGGAAGCUGGCAUUCCUCCCUUUACGAGCACAGACAGCGGAGUCUUAGGUGAUGAAGAUGAUGAGGAUGACAUUUCCUUUGAAACGGAUGAGGACUCCACUGGAGAAACAAUCCUGAGUGACUCUUAUGACACAACUGAUGAUGAGGAUGUUGAUACAAGCUCUUUAGAUGAGGAGGAUGAAGAAGAUGAGGAUGAAGAUGAAGAAGAUGAUGGUGUUAGUGAAAUCUUGAUGGCAGCUGCUGCUGCAGGAACAUUUACUGUCCAGGAGGAGGCAGCAAAGACUGAUGAAGACCAUGAAGAAGGGGAUGAGCUCGAAGAGGCUGAAGAUGAAGGGAAGACUGAAGACGCAGAAACAAAGGAAACAGGCACCACCCGGCCUGCAGCUCCGGAGGAGAAGGAUGAGGGCAAAGAUGAAGAGCCAAUUUCUAAACCUGAGAAAUCUGUAGAUGAACAAGAAGACAAGAAAGAGGAGUACGAUGAAGACGAAGAUGAGGAUGAGAAGGCAUCGGUGGAUGUGAUCAAACCUGUUCCUGGACCAGAGGAGGCAGCACCAAAGACAGAACCCACAGUGUGUCCCUGUAUGCACUCAGCAAAGACCAAAGAGGCUCCCACUAAGACUGCUAAGGCAAAAGAUCGGGAAACUGUGAGGACUGUAAAGACUCUAAAGACAGCUGAAAAGCCCAAAAAGACAGCUCUUCCCAGAAUGGCCGGUCUGCCUCCGAAAAUCGCAAAGAUCCGAAGAUUUCCUCCUUUUCUGAAAGAGACAGAGACCAAAAAGCAAGAACAGGUCACAGACUCUGGACAAGAAGUUCAUCACAUAGUCACAGACAAUCCUUACCCUCCUCCUACCAUGUCAGCUCCCUCUGCUCCUGUACUGACCGCCCACCCUGUCCAUCCCGGAGCCCCACAGACACAGGGCAUUUAUCAGCAACAGCCUCCGCCACCACCAAUGCAUCCACUGUACGCACAGUAUCAACCAUAUCAGCCACCACUUCAGCCUGUGAUGCCGCCUCCACCAGAUCCAGUUCAGCCACUCCAGCCUGUACAGCCAGAAGCUGCAGAAGAAGAAGAAAAAGCUCCUGCCCAACCUGAGGUCCCGACUCCAGCUGUUGAAGCUGAGCCUGCUGAAGCACCGGUUCAAGAACCAGAGGCUGCUGAGGAGGACGUGAUUGCUGUCUCCACAAAGAAAGGAAAAAAGACAACAAAGGCUGCUGAUUCAGACAAAGGGCAGAGAUUCUUUCAGUGCGUUUAUGUCCCUGGCAAAAAUGCCCAGUACCCUUUACGACCUUUCACUCCAGCCAUGUCCCCCACCAUGAUGUCUCCUGCACUCAGAGCCAUGUUGGAGCAGCAGAGAGCAGCCAGGGCAUCUGGGCAGUAG